AUGGCAAAGCAAUAUUUGAUAUUUCUUGCUCAACAGCAUCCAACUUUUAGAACAGCUGAAUUAGAAUCACUUGCUGAUUUAUAUGGGUUCAAAGUUGAUUUAUCUAAUCAUGAUGAAAACUCACCAUUCAUGUUUGUUACUUUAGAUAAUGAUGAACAAGCUAAAAAUUUAAUAUCAAGAUCUAUAUUAGCAAAAGGUAUUUAUGAAUUUUGGGGGUCAGGUAACACAGAGGAGGAGUUACAUCAAGAUGUUCAAUCAAGAUCUAGUGAAUUGUUUCCAAAAUAUAAAGAUUGUUCGUUCAAAUUUGAUUUUAUUGGUUAUAUGGGUAAAAGAAGUAAUAGAUCCAAGAUAAAAUUAAUUGAAAGUUUCAAAUACGUUGCAUUUGAAGGUCCAAUACGGAUGAAAGAUCCUGAACAAAUAUUUACAGUUUUAGAACAUUAUAUCCCACCAAAUGAACAUCAAUCAGCUACUAGUCCAUCAAAACUAUAUUUUGGUAGACAAAUUGAAUUAAGUUCAAGAGAAAAAGGUGUAUUAGAUAAAUAUGAUUUGAAAAAAAGAAAAUAUAUUGGUACAACAACUUUUGAAGCUGAAUUAGCAUUAGUAUCAUGUAAUUUAGGUCAAGUUGCACCAGGUAAAAUUAUGUAUGAUCCAUUUGUUGGAACUGGUUCAUUUUUAGUUGCAGGAUCAAAUUUUGGUGCUUUAACAACAGGUUCAGAUAUUGAUGGUAGAUUAAUCAGAGGGAAAGGUGAUGAUACUAUAAAAGCCAAUUUCAAACAAUAUGAUACAUCAUUAUUAUUUAUGGAUGUCAUGACUAUGGAUUUUACUCAUAAUGCAUUUAGAAGUAGUUUGAAAAUUGAUUCAAUUGUAUGUGAUCCACCAUAUGGUGUUAGAGAAGGUUUGAAAGUGCUUGGAGCAAAAGAUCCUCAUAGAUUUGAAGGUAAAGAAGAUGUUGAAAUUGAUGGUAAAAAAGCUUACUUGAGAAAAGAUUAUAUACCGACAAAGAAACCAUAUGAAUUAGAUUCUUUAUUAUGUGAUUUAUUACAAUUUGCAAGUGAAAGAUUACCAAUUGGAGGAAGGUUAGCAUUUUGGAUGCCAACAUCAAAUGAUAACUUUGUUCCUACAAUAAUACCAAAACAUAAAAAUCUAGAAUUAAAAUAUCAUUUAGUUCAAGAAUUCAAUAAAUGGUCAAGAAGAUUAUUAGUUUAUAUUAAUAGAGGUGAUGAAUAUCAUGGUGAAGAUAAUUUAAGUGAAAUUACAAUACCAGAAUUCAGAAAAAAAUAUUUUACACCAAAUAAUCAAAUAUAA